GGGUUCACAAGCGAAUUUUAGCCCACAUCGGCUACAAUUACGCCCACAACUUUUCUCUUGUCGGAACUUUCAUCUUUUUUCCAACUCCAACCCUUUCGACAACCGUGCUGAUUAUAUUCGCCCAUCAGCCAAUUCAAUCAAAAUGGCGUUCACAAAGUCAGUCAAGAGUAGUGCCUACUACAGCCGCUUCCAGACCAAGUACAGGCGCCGUCGUGAGGGAAAGACCGACUACUAUGCCCGCAAGCGCCUGAUCACCCAGGCCAAGAACAAGUACAACGCCCCCAAGUACCGUCUGGUUGUCCGCUUCACCAACCGCGACAUCAUCACUCAGAUCGUCACUUCUGAGAUCUCCGGUGACAAGGUCUUCGCUGCUGCCUACUCCCACGAACUCAAGGCCUACGGCAUCGAGCACGGUCUUACCAACUGGGCUGCCGCCUACGCCACUGGCCUGCUCCUUGCUCGCCGUGUCCUCAAGAAGCUCGGCCUCGACGAGACCUUCACUGGUGUUGAGGAGCCGGAUGGAGAGUACAGCUUAACCGAGGCCGCUGAGCACGAUGGUGAAGAGCGCCGACCCUUCAAGGCCUUCCUUGAUGUUGGUCUUGCCCGCACCUCCACUGGUGCCCGUAUCUUCGGUGUCAUGAAGGGUGCUUCCGACGGUGGUAUCCUAGUCCCCCACUCCGAGAACCGAUUCCCCGGUUUCGACAUGGAGUCCAAGGAACUUGACGCCGAAACCCUAAAGAAGUACAUCUAUGGUGGUCACGUUGCCGAGUACAUGGAGACCCUAGCCGAUGACGACGAGGAACGAUACAAGAGCCAGUUCCAGAAGUACCUCGACGACGACAUUGAGGCUGACGGUCUUGAGGACCUGUACACCGAGGCCCACUCCGCUAUCCGAGAAGACCCCUUCAAGAAGGCUGAGAGCGAUGCCCCCAAGAAGAGCAAGGAGGAGUGGAAGGCAGAGUCCAAGAAGUUCAGGACUCCCAAGUCCACCAAGGAGGAGAAGCGCGAGAGGGUCAAGGCUAAAAUUGCCGAGCUCCGCGCGGAAUAAGCGGCUGGGUUCUGGGAAAGGAUAAAAAUGUCACUCCGUAUUUACGGUUGUCUUCAGGCAUCGGAGUUCAUAGGGAUGGCUUAUUGACGGGUUACUAAACGAAUUAAUGAAGUUUAUCGACCGUCAUUGUCUUGGUAUUAAAAUGUGUAUGUGAUCGCCAGGUAACCGUCUCACUUAGGGGUGUAAGGUAAUUUCCCCAACUCGUAGGCAGUAAGUUGCUUACACAGCAGACUACCGAAAUCAUGUCGAUCCCGUAGUUAAACUAAUAUCGGUAUCAACUCUCUCAAUCCCUUCGCCUAAGUAUUAGUAUCACCACAUAUAAACUCAUACUCAACCCGUAGCUUAGAGUAUGGUUUCCACUUGUAACUAACGAAGUCUCGCACAGAACUAACACAAUUUAAGCCGACAACAUAAUUCAUCAUUUCCAGCGAAAUAGGGGUUCAUAUGUCUCCGGCUCACCAAGUAUCUGUCGGUGGAUCCAUCCUAUUGCGGAAACGCUGCCCGAUACCCGGACGGGACUACGCUUAAUUUUCGUUCAGAUUCCAAUAUUGAGGAUAGGAUUUCCCUGAA